GUACAAGGAGUUUCUCCUUUAUUUAUAGGAGAGGAUAAAGACCAAAACACAAAAGGAAUUCUAUUCCUACAAGGAAACAAAUCACUAAAUAUGAACAAGGAAACAAAUCAAGAGCAAUCCCACUUAGAAUGGGAUUUGCUCUCCUUCUUGCCGUGUGGUCCAAGGAGCACCGCCCAACAGAUCCGAACGAGCCAGUAAUGCUGUUCACCAAACCUUUGGUUCCAGAGAAGCUGGCAGCUGCGGGCAUUAUGCCCCCGACAGGUGGUUCUUCUUCAAUGGCAGUAGUACUAUUCGCCCUUCACGCCGCCGUGAAGGGCGACAGUAGCGUAUUAUUGGGAACGCGAGUCGACGCGGUGGUAGCGCAAGACGGGUCGGGGCAAUUCCGGACCAUCGGGGAAGCUAUCAAAGCGGCGCCGGAGAAGAGUGAGAGGAAGUUUGUGAUAUACGUGAAAGCGGGGGUUUAUUAUGAGAAGGUGGUGGUUGGUGAGGAGAAGACGAACUUGACAAUCAUUGGUGCCGGAAUGGAUGCCACCAUUGUUAGCGGCAACUUGAGCCAUAUGGGAGGAUACGACCUAAUCAACACUUCCACAUUUGCCGUGUUUGCCAAAGACUUCACCGCCUACGACAUUGGAUUCCACAACACGGCCGGGCCCGCCAUGGGGCAAGCGGUGGCCCUUAUGGUGGCCGGCGACCGGGGGGCCUUCUACCGGUGCAAAAUAUCGGGAUACCAGGACACUCUUUUCGCGCAUUCAAACCGUCAAUACUUCCGGGACUGCGCCAUCUACGGCACCGUGGACUUCAUCUUCGGCGACUCCGCGGCGGUGUUCCAGAACUGCGCCAUCCGGCCGCGGAAGCCCCUCCCGGGCCAGUUCAACGCCAUCACCGCCCAAGGCCGCCGCGAGCCCGGCGGCAAGUCCGGGUUCUCUUUCCAGAACUGCGACGUCUCCUCGGCGGAGGAUCUCGCCGGGGUCAGGACGUUCUUGGGGCGGCCGUGGAAGAGCCACUGCAGAGUGGUCUUCUCGAACACUUACAUGGCCGGUUUCAUUGACCGGAGAGGUUGGGCGGCUUGGUCGGAGGACGACGACUCGCCGCCGCCGCCGGACACCAUUUACUAUGCCGAGUUCGGCAACUACGGCCCGGGGGCGGAUACGGCGAGUCGGGUCCGUUGGAAGGGGUUGCAUUUAGGGGCAAGUGGGAGUGCAGAGGCAAGAACGUUUAGUGCUGAUAGUUUUAUUGAAGCAAGCUCUUGGAUUCUUCCAGAGGCCACUAGAAUGAUUACCGUAUUAAACCCUCCUUCAGCCGAAGGAGAACCGGUUGAGGGGGAGGAGAACCGGGUUGGUCCGGAACCGGAGGCGAGGGAACGUGAACCGGAAGUGAAGGAGAGGGGAAUUGCACCGGAACUAUUAAGGAAUGGAAUGGCGCCCGAAUUGGAGAAUGGAGUAGUCGGAUCUGAACCGGUAGGGGAAUCAAUCAUUGCCCCGGAACCGGCGGUGAAAGGAAAUGCACCUGAACCGGCUGAGAAUGUAUUUCUUAAGUUGGAUGUUGGUUUUGAGCUUCUUCAAUUGGUGCUGUGGCUUGAGUAUUUUCUAUUGGAGCUUGUGGUUGAACUUCAAGUGCAGGCGCUCUCCUUAUUCACCAAGAGAGCUACCAAUCUUGAGGUAUGCUCAAAGGUGUGUGUGUCUGAGGAACCCCAGGAAUCCCUGCGUAAUUCUCCCAACGAAACUGAUGCGUCUUCCCUGCCAACAGACACAGGGCAGGGUGUAAAUACCCAUUGCAGUGAAGAUGUCACAAGUGCAGAGGUUCUUGUUGGAGAUCCCACCCCUGCCGAAACUAAUAAGCAAAUAGUUAUUUUCCAAACUAAAUCAGCUCCUAUCUUCAGCCUCUCCACCAGUCAAGCCGAAGAGUUUCCACCUCUACCACGAAAAAUCCGUAGUCCUUCUGCUCCCGCCUUUGUGCCUGCUAUAUAUGCUGCUCUUUUCACUCAGGAACGACGAACCGAGGCUAUAGCAGAUCCAGAAGAAGACCCCUUUUCAAAGCUCAAUGGCCAUAGUUUGGUAUUAUCCCUUAACGCAGUGGAAGAUCACGCUCAGGACAGGGAUGGACCCAUUCUCUAUACCCACUCCGAUGGGGAGGAUUUUGUGUUCAUAGAUACAAAGCUCAAACCUUUGCAAAUUGACCUCUCCAGAUGCUCCAAACACCCCCUCCAUCUCCGUAAGGAACUAAAGGGCAGAAGGACGUUCUCAUUGUCCCAAAUUGUUACGAGGAGUAAAGCUAAAAUCCUAGAGCAAGGAAGGAAAUUUAAUCCUAUCGGCUGGGUCGAAGAAGAAGACUUGUUAGAUCCCCAGGAAUCACAUGAAGACGAGGCUAUCGAAUUCUUCAAACUUUGUUGUCCAAACAAGAUUGAAGAGCCUAAACCUCUUAGCAAACCUCUAACCAAAACUCAAAAAAAGAAAAUGAAGAAGAAAAAAAAGCAGUCUCAAUACUCUGAAUAUGGUGUUGAACCGAUUGGCUCUGCAAGUGGCUUCCUCCAUGGGUAUCCCUCAGACUCUUUCUCCCAUGAAGAGAUCUGGACUCUAGCAGGUAAGUUCAAAUUUUCUCUUGUUGGAAGGUCCAAGGCUUCCAUCCCUCUAUCUGCCAUCCAGAAUAGCUUGAGGGUCAUUGGCUUUAAUCAUGUUCAUCUCCAGAGCCUCUCCAAGCUUGACACGCUUUUUUCCUUCAAAGAGGAAAGUGAAUACCUCAGAUUCUUCCUGCGAAGGAGCUGGAUUCUUGCAGGUCACUCAAUUUAUGUGUUCAAGUGGUCACCAGAUUACAAACCCUUUAAGGACUGUCCUGUUGUGCCAAUUUGGGUUACUCUCAAAUCUGUACCUCUUCAUCUGAUCCAGCCUAAACCUCUCUUCACUCUUUGUUCAGUGAUUGGAAAACCCAUCAAAAUGGAUGAACGUACUGCCGCUGGGAGACAAGUUGAGAGGGAAAGAGUUUGCAUCGAAGUUGAUGUCUCCAAUCCUUUACCUCCUUUCGUCCAUGUUAGACUGGGUGACAAGGACCACCUCUUCCCCACUUCUUAUGAAAAACUCCCUUCCUUCUGUCACUCAUGCCUCAAACUUGGUCACUCAAUGCAGAAUUAUCCUCACCGGGCUGUUGCCGGCGGGGAAGUCCACAACGCCGGCAAGGAAAAGGUGGCAAAGUUUGGAGAAGGAGAUGCUGGUUGGACUGUGGUCCAAAGGAAAAAACCCAAACACUUAAUGCCAAGGAGUAAACCGUCUCACCUCUGGAAAGCUGUCCCUACUCCUCAUACUUCAUGCCAAGCACUAAAAUCCAAUUGUACUUCCACCCCUCCAAGUAAUCCUCUUCUUCAGCCUUCCACCUCGUCUGUUGUCCCACUUCCCACUUCCAACCCCAUUAUUUUAGAUAGUGGGGGUUUAGCUGUCAUUAACCAGGUUGCCUCCAUCCCCCCCUUCCAGUCACCCUCCCCCACUUCCAUCACCUCUCCCACCAAUCUUAUUGAUUUUGACCCUACCCCGCCAUUUUCACCAAGCAAGAAGAGUGGUAGUAAAGAUGAUUCCAUGACAAACAUUCUUUCCCAGGAUCCAACUUUUACCAUCCUUAACACUCUUGGGCUCCAACACCUUUACCCCUCGGACUUCUCUGAAGAUGCAUUGAGGGAGGUUCACUGCCACUCUGAAGGGGAGUAUGAGCCUUUCAAUAAGGAGAAGCUGCAACCCCUCCAUAUUAACAUUGAGAAGUAUGCCUCUAAAGGGGUUGGAGCCCCAAGGGGGCCUAGGAAGAAGAGGAACUACCCUCCUAGUAAUAUCCUCACCCGAAGCCAAAGAAUUGGCGUUGGCGUUUCUCCUCCUGUUUCUCCCAUUGCUUGGCUAACCCUAAUAACAAGAUCUGGAUUUUCUGGCGUGAUGAUAUCCUUCACCUCCUUGGUCACUCCAGUAACUCCCAAUCCACCUCGUGCAGAGUACUUCAUAAGGAAUUCAAUAAAAUCUUUAACAUCACGGCUGGGGGACUUCAAUGCUAUCCUUUCCCUUGAUGAACACAAAGGUCUUAAAUGCUUCCACCUUUGUAAGGCAGGAUCAGAUCAUAACCCCUUGUUGCUGGAAUGUAUUCUGGACACUCCAAGUUCCCCUAAAGGUUUCAAAGUCCUAAAUGUUUGGUUCUCAAACCCCUCAUUUCUCACAGCUAUUUCUCAAUCUUGGAACUCUACUGGUACAUGUGGAGGUAUGAGAGGCUUCAGCAACAAGCUGAAGGAGCUCAAAUCAGCUAUUCGAAAGUGGAACAAGGAUACCUUUGGUGACAUUUUUCAAAACCUUAAAAAAGCAGAGGAGGAAGCAAUCACUGCUGAACUCUCUUAUGAUUCCAACCCUAUUGAGUCCAAUAGGGAAGCCUGGUCACAAGCUAUGGCUAACCUCCUGCUGGCAACUAAAAAAGAGACAGAUUUCUGGAAGCAGAAGGCACAAGUAAGGUGGAUGGAAAAAGGUGAUAGCAACUCCAAAUUUUUCCAUUCCUUUGUAAAGGGCAGGAGGGCGAAACUCACUAUAAUCAAAACCAGAUUAGGCCAUACGCUGAAGGACGCUCCAAGCAUUAAGGCUGAAGCUGUGAGUUUUUUCUCUCAAACCUUCUCCCACGCCAACAUUAAUGAUCCUCAGGAUAUAUUAAAGUUUCUCCCCCAAGUAAUUAGUGAGGAAGAUAAUACCUUCAUUACGCGCCUUCCCUCCAUGGAAGAAGUAAAACAUGCAGUUUGGGAACUUGACCCACACAGCACGUGUGGCUCGGAUGGUUUUAAUGGAGAGUUCUUUCGCAAGACCUGGCAUAUCUUGGGGAAGAACCUCCUCCUUGCCGCGCAGGAGUUCUUCCUGGGAAUUCCCCCUCCUACUGCCUUUGGGGCUACCACCUUAGCCCUUAUUCCCAAAAUCCCUAACCCCCAAUCUUUCAAUGAUUUUCGGCCAAUCUCCCUCUCCACUUUCAUGAGUAAAGUCCUUAGCAAGCUCCUUGCAAUCAGACUCAAAUCCUUCCUUCCCAAACUCAUCUCCAUGGAGCAAGGGGCCUUUCAAGAAGGGAAGGAUAUAGCUGACCAGAUUCUUAUCACCGGAGAGCUCCAUCAUUCCCUUGACAGGAAAGUUAAUGGGGGGAAUAUCAUCAUCAAGGUGGACAUGGCUAAGGCAUUUGAUAGGCUCAGUUGGGAGUACCUCCAGGGUGUCCUUUCAGCCUUUGGUUUCUCCUCUCAUGCUAUCAAGAUCCUCCUAGCAAAUCUGAACAAAGCCCUCAACCCCAUCGGUAGGCUUAUCCUCAUUAAACAUGUUUUGUCUUCCAUUCCUUUACACUUAAUGGCUGUUCACUCUCUCCCCCUUGAGGUGAUCAAACUUCUCCACAAAAAGAUGGCCAGCUUCCUCUGGGGAGUCAAAGAAGGGAUACAAAAACACCAUUGGAUCAAAUGGAACAAGGUUUGCCUUCCUAAAGACCAAGGCGGGUUGGGGAUUAGGGUCUUCACAAUAUCUAGCAAGCUUACUCCCUUAAGUUGUGGUGGAAAAUCCAACACGAUGACAGCCUAUGGACUAAGCUAAUGAGAGCCAAAUACCCUACUCACCCCAAUACCAUCAAAGAGAAAAUCACAGACUCUCCGGUCUGGAAAAGGAUUGCACGGAUUCAUCCACAUGCUUUAGGAAUCCAAGUCACUGGGUCUGUUAUCAUGAACUUGGGCCAGCUCUGAAAGAUUCAAUAUUUUCCAAUGAUGUAUAAUGUGAGAUUACAAGUAAUUAUAUACUAAGAGUAUCCUAGUUAUGGUAGGAAUACAAUAAAGGUAAUCUACACAAGAAUGGUAACUAGAAUAUACAAUAAUAUAUGCAUAAUAUAAUAAAUAUAGAGUUACUAUAUUU